GAUGUGAGGAAAUAGAUUAUUCCAUUUCAACCCCCAUUAAAUGCCUCUAAGCACACUGAUCAUUUCAGUGCCUUCAUAUGGAUUUAUUAUUCUAUUUCAGAAUUACAGGCCUCCACUUGUAGGGAAUCUUGAAUAACUCUUUCUAGUUUUAAGUUUCUUUUCCUCUUUUCAGGCCAGCUGGCAGAGUGGGACGUCAGAAAAUUUGAAUAAGUUAUAUGUGAACCAGCAGAGGGUAGUAGUGUGCACAAGCAAGCUAGUAUGUGACAAUACAGUGGUGGUUGUUAAAAAGACAUUUUUCAACCAUUACCACACAAUGACAUCUGAGAAGUGGUAAUUGCCUUUAUAUCUCAUACUAACGUGUAGAUUGAGGGAGUAUUGAACUGAGUACUCUAAGACUAUUUUCUGUAGCAUGACUAUAUUUUUAGGGGCCAAAACAGUUAAUUUGUGUGUCUUUUUUUUAAUUCCAAGCAUAAAUACAAAUGUAAGCUUACAAUUACUAAGAUUUGCCCCCAGAAUAAUUUCUUACGAGUUCAUCUUGUUCCUAAACCAUCAGUGAGUUGUUAGAUUGCAGUAGGUUUGUCACACUAGACUAGACUGUGGUUGCAAGUUGCGUAUUUAGUAAAAAAGGGUACUUGUUUAUUUAAAUAGCCCAGAACCAUGCUGUUUUUUGAAAAGUGUAUUAAAAUAAUACUAACACCUGUGCUUGCAUGAAGCAAUCUACAGUGCUGUUACUGUAGCAAAUACCCAUGUUUUUCUUGUCGUUGGCUCAUAGUCCAGUUAAAACAAUAGAGGAUUGUACUGGCCCUUGGCAGUUUUAUUGUUUAAAUCAGCUUUUAUUUCUCUUGUACUUGGUUGUUUUUUGUAUUUGAAAACAAGCUAUUGUAAAACAGUGGUUUUAGGUAUCUAGCAGUAGUAUUGACCCAACACGUACAAGGGUAGAACUGUUGAAAAAACUGGGUUUUUUUUAACCGUUCAUAGGAGCCAAGUUGCCACUCUUUUAAUUGAGGUUAUUUCAAUUGUGUCUCUUCUGUAGAUAAACUUUUUGUUUAAACAGAUUUUGUUUCUGAUUCAUGCAAAAAUCUUCUAGAACUUCAGUGCACCUCAGUUAUGACAACCCCUUUUUAAAGGUUGAGAUUCUGCAUUGUGGCAGGGCUGAAUCGGGAUGUUUAUUUAAAUUUUUGGUUGUAUCCCAUAUGUUCUUCUUUUAAGCUCUUUUGGCUCUUUGCAAGCAUAGCUAUCCUCCGUGCUGGCAAUCAGACUUGUGGUAAUAUUGCAGACUCUCUCAUUGGAAGGCUGCCAACACUGGGCAGCAUUUCUGUAUGGCACUUAAGUAAAAUAAUUCCAAAAUGAUAUGCACACCCUUCUUCAGUUUUCGUUCGUCUUUGCUUCCUGAUAAAACUGGGGAAAAAAAACAACCAUCCUGUCUCUUGCCAUCUUGUUCAUUUCUGUUGCUGUCAUUGUGUGAGAAAUAGUUGGCAUAUGUAAGAAUUCUUUGUUCAAAUUUCUGUAUGCAGUAUAAAUAGGUUAUGCUGCAUUUAUAGUGAUAAGGUAAAAGUUAUGGAUUUUUCUGUAGUGAAUAAUUUGUUGCUUAAUCUUUUAAAGAACCAGAAAAAAAACCCUAGAGCAUAACCAGGGACUAAUAUUUAUUUGUGUUCUACCAUGGUAGCCUAAUGUUGAAGCAUCAAAACAGAGGAAGCCUGAAUCUGUCAUCUCAAGCCAGCUCACUUCUUCUCAAUCUGCAUUUGUGAAGCUGACUUGAACUAUCAACACUUAAAGUGCUUUUGUUGCAGUGAAGUUUUUGUACGAAAGUGCCCUGUGAAUGUGAUGUGGCUGAGAUUUAUAGCAGUGCCGAGUGUGCUUGCUGCCUUAGUCAGCUGUGAGAGCUCUCCCGCGGGGGCAGCUCUUUUCUGAUGGAAAAGGAGCAGCUGUGAAGGUGCUGUUUCAGGCUCUUACUGGUAUUUAAAAAAAAAAAAAAAAACUAGCUUGCAGUGGAGAGGGGGAACCAAGUCAUGUGAUUUCAACCAUCCUACCCUAUGUCACUGUGUGUAGGAGUGCUGAUUGCUCUUAUCCAAUCAUGCCUGGAAUGCUGCUUGCCACUUGGGCUAUUUCUGCUAUCUGUCGCUAUCAGUGCUGCAGUACUAACAGUUUGGCAGAUGGGACACUUUUUCUUGGAGUUUGUCUUUGUUUUCUAACUUCUGGCAGUGCCUGAAUUGUUGCUGUUCUCCCUCUCUUUCUUCUCUCUGUUAAACCAUGGCCCAUCGGCUGCGGUUUCAUUUUGGCUCUGGACGAAGCAACACAGCCCCUGAAUCUGAGAUCCUAGACCGAGAGAGAGAAGAUGACUUUUUCAUGGCAUUCCACACUUUGCCAAGAAGAAACAGUCCCCAUCCUUUCUCCCGACAUGGAGCGGAUUAUGGUGGCGGUGAUUUGCAAGGAGUGGGCUCCUUGAAAAGAAGUACAUCCAUGUUUAUUCCUCAGCUUCUGAACAAUAUUGAUGUGCGUCCAACAAGGAGCUCCUCUAUGCAGAUCUCUCUUCAGCGCAAAGCUGUGAACGGCUGUGCUGAUGAGUGCGGAGCCCCAGAGUCUCCUGAGGAGAUGCUGCCAUGUAAAUUCACAGACUCCAGGGAGCAUUACACAUGCCAGGUUGACAGCCCUUCUUCUUCUCCAAGCAGUCCACAAGGAACCCCAGAGAAUUCUCCACCCAGGAUGCCUGAAGAGAUUCAGGAACAGCUUAAUGGAGCUGUUUCCUGUAACCACAGAAUAUUUUGUACAGUUCCUUCCAAUAACUGGAAUGAUGGGGCAACGACUGCCCUAGAAGACGAAGCAAGCGAAGCAGCUUCAGGGUUAAAUCUAAGUGGCGUAAGAAUUCAACAUCGCGCUUCAUGCACAGACAUGCGUCAGGUUACGCUAUUGCCCUUUGGUUCUGAGGAUCAGAAUAACUCCCCAGCCUCUGAACCCAGGCGCUGGUCCUUGCAGCACCUGCCAGAUGUGUCAGCAAAUUCAGGGAAAAAGUUAUUUGUUUUCCAGUUGCAGCAAUCGCAGGCAAGUGGUACAGGUACAGGAAGUGACUAUAAUUUUGGUUUUACUGGAACAAAAGGGAAUAGAUUGGUCAGAUAUCCUCGUAUACGGCUGGAAAGGAGUACUUCCUACCCUGUACAGCCACGACCAGAACGAAUUAGCCCAGUAGAAGACAGAAUGAAUUCAGAACUGCAUGGAAAUAGCAGAAAUGGGUCAGAAAUAUCUAGAAGUAAUUCAGUAGAAAGGAUUCCUCAAGGGCAGGGAUGCUUGUUUAAAAUCAGACCAGAUCAAAACACAAGGCAGCAACACUUCAGAAUUCUUGUAACCCGUGGUACUGAAGAACAAAAUCAAAUGACUGAUGAAGAGAGCCCUGAUAUCCCUGGGCCUACAGCCGCCAGUGCCACGACUAGAGACGACUUCCUGGGUCAAGUAGACGUGCCCCUUAAUCAUCUACCGACAGAAGACCCAACCAUGGAACGGCCAUACACUUUUAAGGAUUUCCUUCUCAGACCAAGAAGCCACAAAUCUCGGGUGAAGGGUUUCUUGAGAUUGAAAAUGGCCUAUAUGCCAAAGAAUGGAGGACAAGAAGAAGAAAGUAGUGAUCAAAGGGAGGAAUCUGAGCGUGCAUGGGAGGUAGUUGAUUCCAAUGACUCAUCAUCUCAUCAUCAAGAGGAGUUACCACCUCCUCCACUGCCUCCUGGAUGGGAAGAAAAAGUAGACAAUCUGGGUCGUACUUACUACGUCAACCAUAACAACAGGACGACUCAGUGGCACCGACCAAGUUUAAUUGAUGUUGCAUCUGAUUCGGACAACAACAUCAGACAGAUAAACCAAGAGGCAGCCCAUAGGCGGUUUCGUUCCCGGAGACACAUUAGUGAGGAUUUGGAGCCUGAGCCUAUGGAAAGUGGCGAUGCUUCUGAACCCUGGGAAACCAUUUCAGAGGAAGUGAGUAUAAGUGGUGAUUCCUUAAGCCUCUCAUUGCCACCACCCCCAGCUUCUCCAGUGUCUCGGACCAGUCCUCUGGAGCUAUCUGAUGAACUGAACAGAAGACUUCAGGUCACUCCUGAUUCCAAUGGGGAACAAUUUGCUUCUCUGAUUAGAGAUCCUUCUUCAAGAUUGAGAUCUUGCAGUGUAACAGAUGCGGUUGCUGAUCAGUCUCACUUAUCACUGCAGAGUGGUCCAUCUAGGAGAGCUCGUUCUUCAACUGUCACAGGUGGUGAAGAACCAACGCCAUCAGUGGCCUAUGUACAUACUACACCAGGCUUACCUUCCGGCUGGGAAGAAAGGAAAGAUGCUAAGGGACGUACCUAUUAUGUCAAUCAUAACAAUCGAACCACAACUUGGACUCGGCCCAUUAUGCAGCUUGCAGAAGAUGGUGCAGUUGGGUCAGCAGCAAACAGUAACAACCAUCUAAGCGAGCCUCAGAUAAGACGGCCUCGUAGCCUCAGCUCACCUACAGUAACUUUAUCUGCUCCACUUGAGGGUAUGAAGGACUCUCCUGUGCGCAGAGCCGUGAAGGACACCCUUUCCAACCCACAGUCUCCACAGCCAUCACCUUAUACUUCUCCUAAGCCCCAGCACAAAGUGGCACAGAGCUUCUUGCCACCUGGUUGGGAGAUGAGAAUAGCACCAAAUGGCAGGCCCUUCUUCAUUGAUCACAAUACUAAGACUACCACAUGGGAAGAUCCACGGCUGAAAUUUCCAGUCCAUUUGAGAUCAAAAGCUUCUUUGAACCCUAAUGAUUUGGGCCCUCUUCCUCCUGGUUGGGAGGAAAGAAUCCAUUUGGAUGGAAGAACAUUUUAUAUAGAUCAUAGAAGCCAGGUGUUGAUAUGUGGAGACAUUGAUACCAGAGACUUAGUGCCCUCCUACGAUAGUAAAAUUACUCAGUGGGAAGACCCCAGAUUGCAGAACCCAGCUAUUACCGGUCCAGCUGUUCCUUAUUCCAGAGAGUUCAAGCAGAAAUAUGACUAUUUCAGGAAGAAGUUAAAGAAACCAGGUGAUAUACCAAACAGAUUUGAAAUGAAACUACACAGAAGUAAUGUUUUUGAGGAAUCCUAUAGAAGAAUCAUGUCUGUAAAGAGACCCGAUGUACUGAAAGCCAGACUCUGGAUUGAAUUUGAGUCAGAAAAAGGACUUGACUAUGGAGGUGUGGCAAGAGAAUGGUUCUUCCUGUUAUCUAAGGAGAUGUUUAAUCCUUAUUAUGGUCUCUUUGAAUAUUCAGCAACGGACAACUAUACCCUCCAGAUUAAUCCCAAUUCAGGUCUGUGUAAUGAAGAUCAUCUAUCCUAUUUCACAUUUAUUGGACGUGUUGCUGGCCUGGCAGUGUUUCAUGGGAAGCUAUUAGAUGGCUUCUUCAUCCGGCCUUUUUAUAAGAUGAUGCUAGGGAAACAAAUAACGCUGAAAGACAUGGAGUCAGUGGAUAGUGAAUAUUACAAUUCUCUGAAAUGGAUCCUGGAAAAUGACCCUACGGAGCUGGAUCUCAUGUUUUGCAUAGAUGAGGAAAACUUUGGACAGACAUAUCAAGUCGAUUUGAAACCAAAUGGGUCAGAAAUCACGGUAACAAAUGAAAACAAAAGGGAAUAUAUUGACUUAGUCAUCCAAUGGAGGUUUGUAAACAGAGUUCAGAAACAAAUGAACGCUUUUUUGGAGGGAUUCACAGAACUCCUUCCUAUAGACUUGAUUAAAAUUUUUGAUGAAAAUGAGUUGGAGUUACUAAUGUGUGGCCUUGGAGAUGUUGAUGUUAAUGACUGGCGACAACACACAAUCUACAAGAAUGGUUACUGCCCAAAUCAUCCAGUCAUCCAGUGGUUCUGGAAGGCUGUUUUAUUGAUGGAUGCUGAAAAGCGUAUCCGGUUAUUGCAGUUUGUUACUGGGACAUCACGAGUGCCUAUGAAUGGAUUUGCUGAACUUUAUGGUUCAAAUGGUCCUCAGCUGUUUACAAUAGAGCAAUGGGGAAGUCCUGAAAAAUUGCCCAGAGCUCACACAUGCUUUAAUCGCCUUGACUUACCUCCUUAUGAAACUUUUGAAGAUUUACGAGAGAAGCUUCUUAUGGCAGUUGAAAAUGCUCAAGGAUUUGAAGGAGUGGAUUAAAACAGCUACUUUUUUUUCCAUCGAGCAAGUUCUGCUUGAACUGUUGAAUUUGCCUAAUGGACAUAACCAGUGACAAUGGCAGAACUGUUGCACAAUCUUGGUUCAUGGAGCAAACUCUUCUACAGUGCAGUUGCCUAAAUUCAGAAAUUUGAACUACAACCUGUGGAUAACACUUGAUGUUUCCACAGUAAAUCACCAACUGGUUGACGUGACUGGUUGACGUGUACUCUAAUUACAUGUCAGCAGGACUUGUUCUAUUUAUGUUGUGCCUCUGUAGGCAAAGCCCUUAAUAAAUAUUUUACAUACUUUCUAUUGACAAUGAAUGGAAUUAAUCACUUUACAGGUAUAGUAUUACAACUCAUGUUUACUUUUUUAAUGAUUUAGACAUUUUUCAGAUUUUAUUUAAUCAAAAUUAAAAAUGCCAUGUUCUAGGAAAAAUGUUCAUUUUUCCUAUCUGAAUUUCAUACCAGCCUUGACACCAGUGGCAUUUUUAAUUUCAAAAUACAUUUUGAGCCUUGUGUCCCCAACCUAUCAGAAAAGCUGGAAUAACCAAUGUGAGAAAUUUUCUGCAGAUGGAAUAUAUUAAUGGCAAUUCUAAAAGCUUUUAGGUGAACACAUUAAUAUUUUCUGUAUCCAGAAGAAAUAGUACAGAUUGGAUGUUACAUUUUUGUAUAAAUCAAUAGAAGAAUUACAAGCUGAGAGAGGAUCAUAACGUAACAUGCCAAAUCUCACAGUCAAUAAAGAAAUCACCUCAUUAUUUCUUGGUAAUAUUUAUGUGUACUAUAAAACAUUUUGGGAUAGGGUUGGCAUUAUCAUUAUAGGAAAAAAUGCUUAACCCUAUCAUUAACUUUGUACAGUGAGUCUUUACUAUUCUUUCCUCUUUCCUAUUUUCAAUGGAGGCAUUUUGAAUGAAACCUGGCACUGCUUGAUUUGGAACUGUGGAAACCAGAUCUAUUUUGUUUCCUAUUUGUAUGCAUUUGCUAAUGAUACCUAAAUAACAGGGUUUUUUGUUUUUGUUUUGUUUCUAACUGCACCAACUCUAAAGGCACUUUAUGUAACACAUGGAGGUCAUAUCUUUAUCAUAAACAUUAAUGUGAUUAUAUUCCUUCUCACUGCACUUGUCUUUCAGGUGCAAUAUCUAUCAAUUGUGAAUUUGGCUGCUGCUGUAUAAAAAACAGAUGUAGAGCUGGGCCUGCAGACAUGUUCUCACCAAUUGGUUUUGUGAUUUUUUUUUUUUAUUCAAUCACAAAGAUUUAUUUAAUAUAUACAGUUGCCUAAUCAAUUUUGUUACCUAUGACAUGUUGCAUGCUUAAACUAUAACACCGGAGUUAUAUCUGUUGUGUGAUCAAUUAAAGGCGAAAAAGAUUUUGCAUUUGAUCCACUGAAGUUAAAUGGUUAAACACAGCAGUAGGGUUAGGUUUGUGGGUAUGCAUUCAGCAAUUUAAUUAUGUUCAGAUUUGUGAGGUUUUUGUCCACGUAUGUAACACACUUUGUUUUUGUUUUUUUCCCUAAGAACCCGACUAACACUUAUUCACAAGCAAAAUGACAGGGUGCAAGAAAAAACUGAAACCAUUUCACCCCUUAUUGCCAAGAACUGAGCUUUUUUUUUCUUCUUCUUCUUUGCACAUGCAAUCCGCUGCCAGCAAUGCGUGAGGCAGCAGUUGCUGGCAGGGAGUUCAAUAAGUAUUAACUCCAAAGCAGGAAAGCUAAUUUAGCAAAACUUAUUGAAGCUAAUAACUUUCAGCAAAUGCUAAUUUGUCAGACUUUGCUGGACUUGGGAUGCAGCCUUGGUUUGCUUGCAAAAGUUAAGAGUCAGUAGGUGCAUGAAGAAGUUUUGAACCUUCUAUUCUGAAUGUAGAUUAAAGUUAAUUCCCUUUCUAUAUUAAUUUUAUUUUCAGACAUUCCUUUUUUUCCAUCUGCUUAGCUGAAAAUCUAGACAUGAGAAUGAAAUGGGCUGAAUCUGAAUAGAUGUAAAACGUUAUACUGAUAGUCUCUUAUGCUUUUAGAGAGAGGGAUCUGAUCUUUCUAAUGUAUAUCUACAUGCCAAACUUUUGUAACUAGAACAGGGAAUUACCUUUAAAAAUGUCAUUUUCCAAGUUUCGUUUUCUUUUUCAAAACAAUGUCUUAAUAGAAAGAGGGUUUUUUGUAUGUUUGGAGGCAACAUUUUGCUUCAGUGCCAUGUCACAGAAACUUAUUCUAAGGACACUUAAGAGUUCUUGCUAUAGACUUGAAAUAUAAACUAACGCUUAUGUAAUAAGGGAGUCUAGUAGAUAGGUUGGAGGAACUGGGAGUAUGGAGACUUGGGUUCCCAGCUCUGCCAUCACUCUCACUGACUCCUUGAUUGAGUCAUUUAAAUUUGAUGCUUGUUUUCCCAUCUGCAAAAUGGCUUCAGAUGUGUGUAAAAUUCUGAAAAUCCUUCAGAUAAAAGGUUCAGUGUAACUUCAAAAGAUUAAAUAAUGGAGCAUAACAUUUUAAAAUUAGGAAAACGUCUUUUCAGAUUCACUUACUCAUAAACUAACAAUAGAAACUCUAAAAGAUUUCAGUAUACCUUACUGUAUUGAGGUAAAUUCCUGUAAAGGAGAAACCCCAUGUUUUUAUCAUUGAAAGUACCCAUUGUUGGAAAGUAAGUACAGAAAAUGUUUCUCAAAAAAUAUCUUCCAGUCGCUUAAAUUCUCUGGCCUCUAAACUUUACUGUAGAAGUGAGUCUUUCUCUUUUCAUCAGGGCAAGUUAGAGAUUCCAAACUUGAUAAUCCUGGCUAAAGGUAAAUUUAUAAUGUGAAAAGUAAAUUGUUCAGCCUGAUCCCAUCAAUGCUCAAAGCCUUCUGUCUUGCAUUUUAGCUUUCAUUCAUAUUGGCUAUAGCUAACAGGCAGCUCCUGAGCAGUGCAAUCCUUGGCCUACUCAAGUGGAUUUUAGCCACUAGUGAAGCUAUAUCGAUGUAGCUGCACUGGUGCACACUCGUAGUGUAAAUGCACUGCACUAGUGUAAAGCAGAUGUUGUACUAAGGUAGCUUACCCCACUGGCUAAAAACCCUAUUGUAGAAAUGCUCCUUGUUUCAGCCAAAAGGCCGUCAUGACCUGUGGAAUCUAUUCUUAAACCCAGGGAAUUUUCUUUAGUUUUGCAAAUGACUUGUGUGAGGUCCAGGCACAUAGUGUGUGCUUCUGCAAAACAGCACAUAUAAGGGAGUUUGAUUCAAUUCUGCAGAUUAUUUUGUAACUAAGAAGUGUAUAUGUUGAAACUGUUUUUGUGUUGCCUAUUACAAUAUAAAGUAGAUUUCUAGGAAUUUCUCUUUAUAUACACUGAACAUCUUAGAUGUUCUCCUGGAAUUCCUGGCAUUGUAUUUGAGGGAUUCUUUCUAGGGAAAGGUGGCUAAAUGUCUCUUAUUUAUUAAAUCUUAAUGAGGCAAUUGCUCUAUUUGGACUUGUGUUCUAACUUGAUGCCUUCAUUUAAUAUUCAAAUACACAUUCAUUUACCCUGACUAUGUAUGGAUAGUUCACCCUAGGGAUGUGAACGACUAGUUUCCUAGUCACUCUCUCCCCUCCACACACUUUGCUACCUCUAUCAGAAAGAGGCAGCAAGGGGGG